AUGUCGAUGCUUGGUACAGAAGAUAUCAAAGAUUACAAAACAACAGCGCGACAACUUUUUGCUGAAUUUCUCGGUACUUCUCUUUACUUAUCAAUAUCUUUAUUAGCUGAAACGAAUAUUGGGAAAACUGUCGUGGGCUCGUCAUUGGCUAAUGGACUGUUAAUUGCAUCUGUCAUACAAAUUAUUGGUCAUGUAUCUGGAGGUCACAUCAACCCAGCUGUGACAAUUGGAGUUUUAACUUGUGGUCACAUGACAGUAAUAAAAGCGAUCCUCUAUAUAAUAGCACAAAUUCUUGGAAGUCUGCUUGGAUCUGCUGUUGCGUAUAGCGUAACUGAUGAUAACUUGAGAAAUGGUCUCGGGGCUACUGUUCCUUAUUUUAAUUUGAGAGCUGAUCAAGUCCUUGGAUUGGAAUUUAUUAUGACGUUCAUAUUAGUUGCUGUUGUUUUAAGUGUCAUGGACAAGAGUGCAAAAGGCUUAGGAUCUGGUCCACUUGCGAUUGGUCUAAGUGUGACUGCUUGUCAAAGCUCUGCAAUUUUGUAUACUGGUUCACUAAAUCCUGUACGAUCUUUUGGACCAGCUGUCAUAAUGAAUAUUUGGAUACAUCAUUGGGUGUACUGGGUUGGACCAAUUUUGGGUGGAAUAACCGCGGGCGUAAUAUACCGUUUCAUAUUUACUAUAGUACGUGAAAGAAAUACAAGUGAUUGAUGUGCAGCUGUUUUUUUUAUGUUUUGGUGAUCAAUGUCAUGAUCAAG